GAUAAUUGGUUAAGUACAUUCCCCUGCUAAUGCGACAGUGUUUUUGAUUGUUGUCCAAUAUGAUGAAACAUUAACCGCGCCAAACUGUUUUAUCAAACGAUGGAAGUGUGAAGAAUUCUGACAAACACAUCGUAUUUUCCAUUGGAAUUCUAUUGAUAUCGAGUGACCGAAUUGUUGUGUUGUGAGCUGCACGAAGGAAAAAAACGAAAAUUGGUAUUGUAAUUGAAAUUAGAUUUGUUGCAAUAAAAUUCGAAGUGAACAAUGGAGCACUCGUUUAAGAGUCGAACCAGUUUGCCGUUUCCAGCACCGGCACGCAAAUCUUCGGCUAGUUCGAUUUAUUCCAGUCGUAAAUCAUUGCAUGGUGGCAUUAAAAAACCACUUGGAACACCCAGCCGGUACAGUGUUUCGGGGCGAUCCGUUCAGUCGAAUCAGGUGAUUGCAAGAUCGGCAAACAAUGUGGCUCAGUUAUUUGGAUUGCAGCUACCAAUUACCGUCAAUGAAGCGCUUAUGUUCAGCGAAAGAAAUGCCAAUGUGACGAUAAAUUGUUCGCAUAACGGUUGGGCAUGGGCGAUAUGCGGUCGCAAGCUGCUCGUUUGGCAGUACAAAGAUGCAAAUCCAACGUCACCAAAGUCGGAAUUACAAAUGCGAACACCACAACGGCGGCCAGUGAUCAGCCAGUGUCGUGAAUUGACGUUACCCCAUUGUGAUAUCGGCCAUAAAGCAUCGCUUAUCACCGUUUUCACAACGGAAGGUCAACAGAUGGCUUCGUGUUUAUCGAUCUCACCAACCGGCGAUGUUCGAUAUUGGCCGUCCAUUGCACAUGAUGCGAUCUCAAUCGAUGAAACGGGUAUAUUGGAGGGACAGGAAUUCGAUGAUCUCGUCACCAUACCAUCGGUAGGCUAUGUUCUAGCUACGACAACAUGCAAUUUGGUAUUGCUUGAGUUGCAACAGAACAACGGCCGCUACAGCAUCACACAUCGGCCAGUGCGGCCGCCAACCGGUUUCUUGGGUGGCAUUGGCAAGAGAUUUGCAUCGAUACUCAUUGGUAGCAAUUCACAAGAUCGCGAAAAUAGAUUCAUCAAAAUAUGCGCGAAAAUUUCGGAAUCAUCCGAUUGGUAUAUAUCAGUGCUAUCGGAUAAGUUUAUACAGCGUUGGUGUGUCGAAUUGAAUUUUAAUGAGACAUUUCUGUUUGAAGAUCAGCAAAUUAUCCAGAAAAUCAAGCAGGCAUUCCAUCAUCAAGCAUGGCCAUCGCGCGAUAUCAACGAAGUCGAAAUGUUCACACUGGACAUGCAUCCAAACAAAGAUGGGGAAUUGAUUUUACUUGUAGCCGCUAUGAAUCUGGCACACACCCCACAGAUUCUAUUCGCAUUGGUCACUUUGAUUGAGCAACAAUCGUGUUUUGCUAUCAAGGACUUUUGUCAAAUGAAAACCAAUGCAUUUUACUCGGGCGACGCUAACGAGGAGAGUUUAAAGUACAAAUUCAUUUUGACUGAUUCAACCGCAUACGUUUAUGGGGAGCACACCAUCUUUGAAGUGCUUUUGAGUGGUGUCGUUCAACAAGGUGUUGAUAAUACUGAAAAAAUCGAAUUGCCCGCUCCGAAUGACCGAAUUUUGGCUGCUGCCGUUUAUAGUCAAAUACCAAUAUUUUUCUCGCGUCUCAAUGGUUUCAUCAGCAUAUCAUCGUCCGAUUUUGGUAAUUUAGACUGCUUGAAUAGCUCCGUGGUGUCGGAUUUGUCUGAUUUUCAUAUGACCAGUCAGACGAUACACAAUGAGACUGCGACCAAUCUUACAAUUUACGACGUUAACCCGGAAGAUGUUUACAAUCUGCACGACAGCAUCAGCCAAAUUAAGGCCGCAUUCAUUUAUCACUUGAAGAAAAAUACGUCAAAAUGUUCGGGCAUAAUCAAUCAACUCUUUGCAAAUGCAUCAUCGUUUGCCAAUGAAUUUGAUAAUAUCAUCGUAAAAAUUGCAAAAGAUUUAGCUGAAGAUAUUCCAGCCGCUGAUCCACGGUGGGAAGAGCAACUCUCAAACAAAUGUUCAUUGGGCAGCUCGACAUCGUUACAAAUUAUUCAACAACUGAAAGAGAAAAGUCGCGCAUUCACGCACUUCAUCGAUUUCCUUCAGACAACAUCAUUGUGGGAAAAGCUGGAUACCGUCACCGAACGCAGCCAAAUCAAAGCCACCUGGCAUCUACUAUCUGAUAUUAAUGAGAAAAUCGUUGCUGCAAUCGCGCUGAAAGGCAUUCACAACCAAUAUUCAGCCAUAAUCGAUGAGGCCAUUGAUAUCACACUGAAGAAACGAAAUGAAAUUCCACCUGAGAAUUUGACGUCACAAGACAUUUUCUAUGUUCAAGUUACCCGCAUUCAUGAAUUUUUCAAAUCACUCACAUCGCUCGCCGAUGAAGUGAUUCAACAAGAACAAAACCCAGCUAAGGCUUCCCAAUUUUUGCUUGACAUCAGCCAAAUUAUUUUGGCCAUUCUGCAUGAGGUAUUCAAAUUCCGUGAGGUCAAAGCGAGCAUUUUCAAGUUGCCAGCCGAUAAAGCAAAUAAGUUUGAGUAUUUGCCAUGGACAUCUGCAGCAAUUCCAAAUGGUAUUCGCGACAGUAUAUUGCAUAUUAUAAAUAUCAUCACAAAGAAUGGCGUUCGGUCGACGGCUGAGCCAGAAUUGCGGCAGCAGCACUUCAAAAAUCUCGUCGAACUGGUCGAUUUUUACUUGGAUGGGCGUAAAGCGUACUUGGAAAGCAUCAAAGAGUUGGAUAAAUAUGAAACCCUUUUCCGAAAAUAUGAAGCCGAGCGCAGUGACUUAAUUUUUAAUUUUGUUGACGGCGGUCAAUAUGAGCUGGCAGCCAAAUUAGCGGAAAAGUAUUUAGAUUUUAAGACGCUCGUCGUUGUUUGUGAUCAGACAAAGAAUCAGUCACGCUUAGAGGAGUACAUUGAACGGUACAAAGAUCAAGAUUUUUCACAAUUCGCCAUCAAUUGGCAUCUACAGCAGAAUAAACGUGGUGAUUUGUUUGAACGCUUUAAGCGUAAUCAAAACGAAUUGACUCGAUUCCUGGGCGAUCAUCCAAGUUUGGAAUGGAUUCAGACCGUUUUCAACGGUGAUCUAUCGCGAGCCUCACGCAUAUUACUGUCAUUAGCACAAAAUGAAACGGAUUCUGUGUCCCGCAAAAAGACAAUGCUCUCACUGGCUAAAUUGACAAGUUUGGCUGCCGACGAAGAGCUGUCCAACGAAAUUGAAGUCAUUAAUGAUGAAUUACGGCUGAUCGACUAUCAAUCGAAAGUAUCAACACGAAUGCUCCUCAUUUUCGGAUAUGAUCCAGACAACCAAAAAGUUCUCAAACCCGAAGAAAUUAUUAAUUUAUUUAUCGCUGACGAAAAUACAGACGUUAACGAAGAAGACUACCAGAAAGCGCUUAGUUUGACACCGUAUGUCGACGAUCCAUUGGAUAUAAGACACAAAAUCUGGUGCAGCGCAAUUUUGCGCGACAAUUGGGAUGCAUACAAUGUCAAUGCACCGCUUGAAACUGUUCAGCACUUCAUGAUUUACAAAUUGAUCGAUUUGUGUCUUAUUUUAUACGUUGACUUGGAAGAAUUUUUGCCGCCACUACAAGACCUUUUGGAUGCACCAGAAUUGGGACCGUUAAUAGAAAGCAAAUCGUUUCAAUUUUUGUUAAAAUUAAUUUACGAAUACUUUUAUGACACAUAUAAAAAACCUGUUGCCUAAACUUAAGGACAAAAUAAUUUUCUUUUUGUAUCAAUAGAAAUAAAAGCAUGAGCAAAAAUUUGCCGACAUCGAAUCACAA